AUGGCUCGCAAUGCUUCUCCUUCGCUCUCGCUCGGCCCCACUGACGCUGCUCCUGCUCUCUCGUACCCAGAGGCGCUGGUGGAGAAAUUCUGGAAGAGCAUGAAAGAGACGUCCGAGCAUCGCUACGAGACUCCCGUAAUUGACAAGGUGAUUGGGAUCGAUGAGAUGGAGAAGGAGGAAGACGGGGACGGGAACGCUUGCUACGUGUACGAGUGCCAUUGCACGGGAAGCUACCUGCUGGCGGGUGGUCUGAGGAAGGGCGAGGCUGAAACGGUCAACUGCGAUUCUUGUUCCAAGUGGAUCCAUGUGAUGAUGAAGUGA